GUGGCUAAGAUGCUAUUAGAACAAAUCAUUCCUAGAUAUGGAAUAACUGAAAGAAUGGAUUCAAAUAUGAAAACAGAUCUGAACUUACUGCUUGAAUGCCUGAAAUAUCAGAUGGACUGCCCUCUGUCUCAGAAGGAGGCUUUGAUCACUAUCUAUUCCAUUUGCCAGCAAAACAGUGAAGCGAGCGAAUACUUGCGAGAAAUUGGUGGUUUGAUGUUUAUAAAUGACCUUGCCAAGUCCAGUGCUCAUUGCAUCGUAAAGGAAGCAGCUUUAUUUACACUGGGGAUUAUUAUAGAGAGUAAUGUGUAUUGUCAACAGACUUUGUGUACUUCUGCACUGUUUGAAGACCUCAUUUUAUUUUUGAUUAAAAAGGAUUCUGGUGUGAACUUGAAAAGAAUGUCUGUUUAUGUCAUCUUAGCUCUGGUGUCAAAUAAUAAAAAUGGGCAAACCUGUGUCAGAGACACAGGCUGCAUCAGCCUGCUGCUGCAGUUGUUCAGAACAACUCUCUCCACGUCUGAGAAGAAUGUGUCAGAUGAAAACUCUGAUCCCUGCUAUCAGCUCUGGUGCUCAGUGUGCAGCACUCUCUGUGCCUGUGUCAACAACCCCCAGAACGAAGAUAAUCAAAACAUUUGCUGUUCAGUUUUCCCCCAUGCCAAAGAGUGGCUGGAGACUUGCACAGAGCCUGAGAUAGUUCGUCCCAUUUGUUCAUUUCUUGGUCUCACAGUUGCAAAUAACUCAUAUGUGCAGAAGUAUUUUGCUUCUAUUGGAGGAUUGGAUACAUUAGCCAAAGUUCUCCUUGAGCUUAUGCAUGAUUCUUGUUUGAGUCACUCCAGCAUGAAACUUGCCGUGGUAGUAACAAAGACUCUGGAUGCCUGUAUUGCUAAUAACUCUGCCAUGGGUGUUGUCUUGGCAAAGUAUCACACUGUGUCAGAGCUGCUGAAGCUGCUGUCCAAUGAGACACUGAGCACAGGAGAAAAAAUCAGUAUUAUUCUAACAAUUGGACACUGCACUGAAGUUUGUGAAGAGAACCAGUGUGAGCUGCUUCAGAACAAUGGUCUGCCACUUAUGAUUCAGGUAUUGACAGAAUCUCAGGACGAGGAACUCAUCAAAGCUGCUACUUUUGUGCUGCAGAACUGCAAACAAAUGACUGAACAGUUGUCUCUGAAAUUAUAUGAUAACUCAUUAAAUGUGAACAAUGCAGAAGAAUUGGAUGUGCAAGUCAGAAAAAGAUGUCUGCAAGACUACUGGAAGAAAGCAAAAGAAAUUUUACACAGAAUAAACUCACUUGAAAAACAGCACAAUGAGGAAAGAGUGCAAGGAGAAAUAUUUGUAGAUGAAUCUUCAGUAGCCAAUUCUGAAGCAUUAAAAUCCCAUGAAGUGAAACCUGUUGAUCCAAAGAAGUACACAGAAGGAGCACAGAAAGUCGUCUGUUGUCCACAGUUGACCUCAAAGUUGAAUAAUCAGGUUCUUGCUCCAUCUCUAACUUCUGCUCCACAAAAAAAUGAGACAGUGAACACUAUGGAUGCAGCUUCUACCAGACAGACUGAACAGAGGAACAUUCCAUGUUCAGUCACUGAGCUGCAAACAGACAGUGUGCCUCAAAGUCACAAUAUAAAUGGGAAAACUGCUUGUGGAAAAAGUCGGUCUGGUCUUCAGGCAGGUGAACAGUUAUUUAAACAACCAGCAGAGACUGUUAGAAAUAUGAAACAGACAUGCACAUCAGGUCAACAUUCAUUCUGCUCAGAGAAAACUGAGAGAGUCAAAAGUACUUCAGCUAUAUCUUCAUCCCAUAAAAUUGCAGAUUUAAGGUGUUUGGGUUGUACAGCAGGAGGACUGUCCUUGAACAGCAAAACCUUCACCAGGAUGUUGCAGAGAUGCCUGCAUAGGUGUGAGCACCACAGAGUUAUCCUGGAGGCUGAAGAAAGAUACCGAGGGGAGCUCCGCAGGGUGGCUGCUGGUAACAGCAACAGAUCUGCAACUCACCAGAAAAUGCUGCUGGCCUCAGUGGAGAAAGACAGGCUGCAUAAAGAAAUACCAACUUUUAGGAGCAAGAAGGAUCGUUUCCAAAGCAUUCUUUUGACUCCAAAUAGAAAAGACAAAUCUAAUACUUCAAAGAGAGAUGAAUAUAGUAGGAAUACUACUAGGUGGACUAGCAACUAUAACUUGACACCUGCUUAUGAAAACUGUGAGUAUUAUCAGAAAGUGAAUUCUCUGAUAUGCACAUCUGAAAGAUCAGUAUUUGGGUUUAGGUCAGGGCAUUGAGAGAAGUACCUGUUCCUGCUAUUGGAGAUAAAAGGCUAUGAAUUUAAAUAAACUGUUACACUUUCUCUCACAGAAAUCAACUUGAACAUCAAUGAUAUUAUUAUUUGCUUCUGGUUCAUCAGUAGUCCCUAUGUCUUAAUGUGGAUUAUGAGAAAAAGAUCUAAGGAGAAUGAGAUAGUACUAACAAAGCAACAUUUACAUAUUCAGAUUAAUUAGAAUAAAUGCUCCUUUACAGUUUUAUAUCCAGUUUUUCAGUAGAUUUUAGUUAGCUUAACAUGACUAAGUGGCCUCCUUGUUCACAAUUUUGUAGCUUUACAAAAAUCCCAGGAUGCUAACCAGAAGAGACAGAGAGUCAAAGAGAUGUGCAGCCAGAAAUGUCAGCAUUUAAAAGAAAAUUGCACACAUUCACUUGACAAAGAUGAGGUUAGUUAUGCACAGGCUAAUCAUGCACUGACAUGUUUAUAAAUGGCCAAAUAAAAGCAGUAGGAAUUGUGUAGUUUCUUUUUUAGUCACCUUUAACAGUAGCCUAGUAGCAAAAUGAACCUUAUUAAAAAAAUAUUCCUGUGUUGAUUCUACUCCAGUCACACUAAUUUAGCCUUGAAUUGAGUUCAGCAUUUUUCAGCUGACAUAUUUUCAGAAUGGUGGAUCUGAAGGUCUGAUUUUUCCUGUAUUGAUGAAGAUUUGCACAGUAUGGAAGUAACAGAAACCUAAAGGAAUAAACCUGCUAAAAGAAUAAACUAUGUAGGCACAACAGAAAUGAAGAUCCCAGAAAAAUACUGUAUUUUAGUAAGUAGUGACAGUGAAGAAACCUUGGAGAAGCAUUGUUCCCUUGCCAGUGGGACCAUUUCUGUGCAACUAUUAAAUGUUGAAUUGCCAGUAAUAUGUUAGUUCCACGUGCAAAAUAGCAUGUGCAUUUACAUCAUUCUUAAUGACACCAAAAUAAUUAUUUGCAGGGCAAUGAAAUGUAUUCUGUGGCCAUGAGCACGAGACCUUUGAGCAAGAGAAGGGUCCGAAAAGAUUU